AUACUACAGAAUAUGGAGAACUCUAUAUCUGGUAUGAUUGAGGAACAAAACGAGUACGUCGGCUAUAAUUCCGAUGACUCUGAAAUGGAGGAAAAUUUGCAGCACGAAGCCGGCUGGAGCGAAGACGAGUUUGAUAUUGCGUACGAUGAAUUUGAUAAUGAUGACAACCAUGGUGAACACACAGACGAUCAAAAUGAUGAGAACCAUGGUGAACACACAGACAGUCUAAAUACUAGUGAGGCACAAUUUGACACGCAGCUUGAGUACGACUAUUACGGUGAAUCUGACUUGGACACGGGCCACACUGAUGAUGUGGAAGGUGCAUCAGUUCCUGAGGAUUCUGUUGACAUGAGCCAGGCGACGCCAAGCGCUAGUCAGCCUGAGAAACCACAGAAAGGUAGCAAUGGCAAUGAAUAG